AUGACUACUAUGCAUAGAUUUUUAGACAAUUUAUAUGAGCUCAGCAUUUUAAGUAGAAAUGGAUUGAAUGUAAUGUAAGAGUUUUUGAGAGUUUGUGAAAGAAAUUCUGAUUUAGAAGAUUAAGUUAUUUGCAAAUUAGCUAGUUAUUUUAAAUCAUUGAGUGCCUCAGAUUGUUAUGAUUUAUCAAGUAGAUUAUUCUAAAAUUUCAAACAAUAAUAAGAAGCCUAAAGCAGCAACGAUGUAUACAACUAGUAGACAUUUGCUCCUUUUAAUCAACAAAAACUUCCAUGUAAAAACUAAAAAAAAUAAUUACAAAAUCUGCAAAAUAAGGAAAAUAAAAAUAAUACCUUGCAAUUAUUAUCACCUAAUUUGAAUAAUAAAUUAGAUUUUAACAUAAAAAAGUAUGAUUGGAAAUGA